AUGGAGAAUCCAAAUAAUAGAGAGGAAGCAGGUCGACGAUUUCGUGAUGCAAGUGAAGCAUAUCAGACACUUUCUGAUCCAAAUAAAAGAUCACAAUAUGAUUCAUCUCUUCAUUAUAAUUAUUCAUUUAAUAAUCAACAACAAACAACAGGAAAAGGAGGAGGAGGACGAACAACACAAACUAAUUAUGCUCAUCCUUUCCAGUCUACAAAUGGUGGUUUUCACUUUACGCACGUGUCUGCUGAGGAGGCUGAGAAUUUAUUUCGUCGUGCAUUUGGUGGUAUUUCUUUAGAGCAGAUUUUACAACAGGCAUUAAAUCAACAAAAUGCAGCACAUUGGGUGAGAGGAAUGCCAUUCCAAAGAAAUGAUAUCUUUGAACAUACUAUGGGAUCAAGAUCAUCUACAAGCUUCCUUGAUGAUCAUGAAAUCUAUGAGCUUCUUAGAGGCUUUUCAGGAUCAAGACAGGAAGUUGGAACUCAAGUCAGUUACUUCACUCGGGGAGGAAGAGUAAUUGAGAGAAAAACAACAACACGACGAUUCCCAGGUGGAGGUAUUCAAACAGAAACAACGGAACGAGAUGUUGGUCCAGAUACGGGUUCUGGUGUCCCUAGGGGUACGAGAAGUGCAUCACGAGCGAGGCAUGCAGCUGAUACAUCUAAUGAACGGAUGCGCAUGCAGGCGGACAAUGCAAGAUCCACAAAUCCAUAUAGAACGGAGCUUGCCACACCCAUGCAGCAGGUCGCAUUAGUUGCUCGUGAAUAUGCAAAGAUGGCGUGGGAGUUGAUCAAGAUUUCUGCUUUACGUGCUUUCGCUCGCGCUGUUGUACGAUUUGUGACGCAUUUACUCACGCGCCGCCGAUAG